AUGUCCUCAGGCCUGCCAUCAUCAGUACCGUUGCCAACGCCAUUCCCAAAUUCAUCCACUCAUCCACUUCCUUUCUUCAAUCCACUUUUCAAUUCAACUCCUUUUGCUGCUCAACUCGUUCUCGCGCAUCAACAACGUCUCAAACUCAAGCGCUCUAGGCAACGCGUUGACGCCGGCGAGCCACGCAACACUUAUCCCAGAUCUCUCCGUGACUCAUCUCCAAUCAACAACUCAUUUCAAAUGGAACAGUUAUCCUCAUUGUUUCCGUGGAUGAAUGGAAAAGUAAACAAUGAUUCAGAGAAGGAUCCCGAGGAUGAGAUCGAUACUGAGAAGAGCGAUUUCCCAGCUAUUGAUUUGUGUCUCUCAAAUAAUAUGAAAGACGAAUCGCCUGAAGUUGAAGAUUCGACAAAAGUUGAUGUUGAAAACACAAGUUCUGAAAAGAUUGAUGAUAGUGUAAUGGAGAGAGCGGGAAGCGGAAGCUCAAAUCAUUCAUCAUCAUCAAGAAGAAAAUGCGCUCAACCACAAAAAAAUCCGAUCACGAAAGAAGAGGGUCAAGAGAAAGAUUGGGAGCGCUUCGAACUCGAGAAUGAGAAUACCGAUGAUCCGAAUGAUUCGUUGGAUGGAGAAAGCGGUGAAGGAGAGAAAAUCGACGAGAAAAGAGGAGCGGAGACGGUGAGCGCCUUGCAACAUCAUCUCAACGCUCCCAACAAACUCACCGAAAUGAUCGAAGCACAGAGGAGAUUCUGCGCCAUGAUGGAAAAUCAGAAAAAGCUGCUCGCUUCCCAAUCGACUCCAACAGAAGAAAAGUCGGUAAAACUCCAAAAUGAUGUUAGCAAAUUGGCUCAAUCACUUAAACAAGAGCUCUCCGAUUCGCUCACCGUCUCUAUCGACAAAGUGAUUUCCGAUUGGGCGGCGGCUAUGUUGCAACGGAUGCAAGCCGAAGCACAAGCACAACAACAAGCUGCCCAAGUACAAGCACAACAGCAACAACCUCGAAAUCUCUUAUUCCCACCAAAUCUCUUUCCUCCAUUCGGACAUCCGUCUGCAGCUCUCGGGAAUCCGUUUGCCGUUCCUCCAGGUGGCAUCUUUCCAAGCACUUUCCCUGGCUUCAAUCCAUUGGCCGCUUUAAAUCCGGGUUUUCGUCGUGGCAACAAUUUCGACGACGAUACACCAAAGCGAAAACGGAAUAAGGUGACAGAUUCGGUUCGACGAAUCGAUCACUCGUCUCCAUCGAGCGCUCGGGGAAGUCCGCAGCUUUCAUGUACUCCAUCAUAUUUCCCGCCAACAAUGGUCGGUGGUCACUCGUUGUACGGCGAGGACAGAGGGGAAAGCCCCGCGAAUUCCGAUGAUUUUAGCGAUUGUGGAUUUGAGGGCGGAGCACAAAGCAACAUGUUGUCACCGAUGCAUCUCCGAAAAGCAAAAUUAAUGUUUUUCUAUACUCGAUACCCGAAUUCGACUCUUUUAAAAACUUUCUUUCCCGACAUUCGCUUCAACAAGAACAACACCGCUCAGCUCGUCAAAUGGUUCUCAAACUUUAGAGAGUUCUUCUACAUCCAGAUGGAGAAAUAUGCGAGAAACGCGCUCAGCGAGGGGACCACUCAUCGAGAAGAGAUUGUGGUGACGAAAGAGAGUGAUCUCUUCAAGCAGCUUAAUCAACAUUACAAUCGCAACAAUCAUAUUCAGCCACCGGAUCGUUUGGUGCUCGUCGUGCAAGAGACAUUGCGCGAGUUUUUCUCCGCCAUUCAACUCGGCAAAGAUGUCGAGCCGUCAUGGAAAAAAACCAUCUACAAGGUAAUUCAACCACUCGACGAUCCAAUUCCCGAAUAUUUCAAGGAUCCAAAUUUCCUUGAAAGACUUGAG